UCCGUAGUUAAUCGACCGUCUUUUGUUAAACCCUGCGCCUUACCGCAGUAAUUUGCACUUUUUAACUUCAAAGAACAACUUUAUAAGUUUGCUUUGUAUAUAUGCAUUUCUCUUCUAUCGAUGCGUAGAUAUGCACUAGUGACUUGUUUUAGGUAGCUAAUGAGUUUAGCUGCUCGACAGUAUUGUAGCUUAGCUUGCUAGCUGAUAGUGAAAACUCACAGGUUGGUGACUGCACGCGAGGUAUUGUUUAGGUGGCUGCUUUAAUGUCUGAUCAAAACUGCAAAUGCAAAUUUCUUUUCCAAAUAGUCUUGCCUAAAAUGUGUCAAGAAAAAUAUAUUCAUUGUAUUGUUAUGUUUUGGUGAACAACUAUUCCUCCUUAUUUUAAGUCCUGUGAUUUAUUUGGAACCUCAGCACCAUAUUGACCCAUUUUGUUUUUGUUCAGGCCAUUUUCCCCCUUUUCAUUGUUUUUUUUUAAUUUUUUGUCUGCUGUUGUGACAGAUCGGUUUGCCUUAGCAUCAAUAACAAAUCCCGCAGCAGUUUAAAAACGUGUGAUGUCUGUCUCAAACAAUGACAACAUGCCUCCUCAUGUUCUUCCUGCAGAUGUUAAGAUGGUGGUGAUUAAAGAAGAAGCUCCUGAUGAAUGGAGGCCUGACGGGGACCAGAAGGAUGCGGACCUCCUCCACAUAAAGAAAGAAGAGGAAGAACUCUUGACCAGUCUGGAAGCAAAGCAGCUCAACGCGAAGGACGAGACCGAGGCCAUAAAUUCUUCGGACCUGAAAAUCAGUGAGGAUGAUCAAGGAGCACACAUGAGAACCCACACUGGAGAGAAAUUCUUUACUUGUGAUUUACAAGAUCAAAGGUUUAGUCACCCCGCCUUACCUACCCAACCCCUACCCUCCAGAAUAGUUGAAGAUUUAUCAUUUUUGUUUCACAAGACGCAGAGCGCAGCGAGGGCUAACGGCAAAGGCAAGUCACACAUGAAGUGUUGUAUUGCUGGCUGCAAGGAACAAAACAAAUGUCUACACAUUCUCCCAACCACGAAAACCCUUCGGAGAACUGCAUGGCUCAGUUUCAUUUUUGAUGGUGACAUCCCAGCAACAAUCGGCAAGAAUCUUGCGGUGUGUGCGAACCACUUCGAGGCAGACUGCUUUGUGAACCUUGGACAAUACCGAGCGGGAUUAGCCAGCAAACUUCUUCUGACAGAGAGAGCUGUACCUACGCUCCGUGGCAAGUCAGCAGAGGAGGGAGAUGCUACAACGCUACUACAGUUUCAGGCAAAAAUAGAAAUUGGUUGUCAAACAGAACCGCCAGAGAUUAAGAAACGCACCGUUGGUACACAGCUGUCUCUGCAUACUUUACAGUCUCACGUCCGAAGCAAAGGUGUCCAAGCCAUCAUGUCCACCAGAGACUGUGGUACUGGAACACAAGACAUGCCCCUUACCACCCCGCUGCCUUGCCCAACACCUAGAAAGCGGCCUCACCUGGAGGAAGAGCAGGAGGUUGAGGGCAACGCUUUAAUUGUGGCUUCUAAAGGGCUGGAUGCCACUAAUGAUCCUGCUGGAUCUGCUAAUGGUUUCACCGCCUCAACAGACAUUUUAGAUGUGGCUUCAAAUCCAGCCCACCCUGUAAAAAGUUAUAUUGUUCAUGAGGCCAGCAUUAUGGAGCUAUUUAAGGCGUGUCCAGUGUGCAAGCAUUCAUGCAGCGUUCAAACGAGACAAAUCGAGACGUUCAUCUCGGUGGUGCAGCACUGUCCCCUUUGUGAGUACUACCGAACGUGGGACAGCCAACCACCACAAGACACCCAUCAAGACCCAGGCAACGCUCCGGUCUGUGGAAGACUCGAGACGCAUCUUGGACCAGAUCUUUAUGGAUCCAGCAGCACUCAUCUGUCUUCAGAUUUAGAAAAUUCAGAGGUGAAGGAGGAGUGUUAUGUUUCUUGCUUCAUUGGAGAGGAUGCAGUCUGAAGACAAUGCUCUUGGCUGUAAGGAAAGUCCCAAAGAACACACAGGACCGGAUACAGCAGGAAAACUACUCUUCCAUAUGCAAGAUUCCCAUCUACAGUGAGGCUGAUUUAUACUUUUCAAGAGUGGAGUCGGGCACAUGCAUUGACAGACAUUUUCCCUUCAGACUUCUCCAUCGCCUGGAGAGUGUUGUAAAGCAAUUCCCCGCCAGGACAACAGUGGGCGUAGGGCUUUUCUAGGCUAUCCCGCCACCAUUACUGUCACUUAUCCAGUCCAAGAUGGUGCAUUCACUAAUGUGUUUACAUUGUUUUUAUGUAUUUCAGAGACUUUUUAACAUGGAAAAAUUUGGUUGUCAUUCUCCUCCACCUCUUUAUGUGGUCACCAUCUCCAAACCCACAUUUCCAGUUAUUUUCAUCCACAUAUAUACGUUUGCUGUGCAUCUUUGUACUCAUUCAGUCAUGGGUGAAUAAACGUUCAUAUUUUUGGA